AUGCAAAACCUGUUCGCUUCAGCACGGCUCACGAUUCGUGGAGUGCGCUCAGCACGCGCCUCUACUCAUGCUCCACACAACCUUGCUCCGCGCCUACCCCACGCCGGCCGCCCGCGACGCUUUGCCUCUUCCUCUUCGGGAUCCUCGUCGUCCUCGUCGUCUCCGCCGCCAAAGCACGUGGGGCCCAGCAUACCACACAUCCUACUCGCCUCGGCCGUCAUCAUUGCUGUUAUGCCUAAACUCCUCGAGCGCUAUGCUAAGCUUUCUGGCACCUCUCCGGGCUCGUCGCGCACGUCCAACUCGAUCCCCGGCAAGCUCGAGCCGCACACGCACCACCCCUUGGCACUCGCGGCAUCGAGCUUCUACCCCGACGCCAAGACGACGUCGAACCACAAGCUGUUGAAGAUCGCCCUGCCCGCGUCGGUGUUGGCGAACAGCAGGGGCGGGGAGGAUGAUCUGGCGCAGAGGCUGAGGAUUAGGAGCGUGUACAUCAAGGAGCCGAGCCUGGUGAUCGAGCGCGCGUAUACGCCGGUGUACGACUCGCUGCCCGGCACUGCGUCGCUGGCGAUGCAAGGCGCGACGAGAGCAGAAAAGGACUCGCUCGACUUGCUGGUCAAGCGCUAUCCGGAUGGAGAGCUGGGUCGGUUCUUGCACCGCGCGGUGCCGGACGCGAGCAUACCGCAGCUCGAAGUGCGCGGGCCCGUAGAUACGUGGUCGUUCGAGCGCGACUCGGCACCGCAGCUGCCGGAUCGGAUCGUGAUGCUUGUGGGCGGCACAGGUGUGACGCCUGCCUACCAACUGCUCACCAAUCUGUUUGGACACCCGAACAGGCCUGCUUCGCCGUACGCCGCAUCACCGCGCGUCGAGGUGCUGUACGCCAUGCCGGACCUGGACAACGCCUUGCUCGUGCCCCAGCUGCAUGCGCUGGCCAGUCGGAAUCCGGACAAAGUCGGCGUCAGUCUCUUCGCCGAACGCCUGCCCUCGACCAACUCCACGACAGCAGCGCUCGGGCAGCUGCAGACGCAAGCCGCCAAGCGCAGAAGCUGGCUUCCGUUCUUCGGCAGUGGCUCGAGUCUGGAUGCCAAGCUGCUACUCGGUGCGGAUGGCGCAUCGACGACGAUCCCCGUGUUUGAGUCGAGGAUCACGCAGGAUCACCUGCGCCGAACCCUCGCACCCACGCCGGCGUCGCGCACGCUCGUGCUCGUCUGUGGGCCCGACGGAAUGGUCACUGCGCUGGCAGGACCCAAGUCGCGCGACGGCCAGAGCCAGGGCGCUCUGAGUGGCACCCUCGCCCAUCUCGGCCUCAAACAGCAAGACGUAUUCAAGCUCUAA